GACGUCUCGGAGAAGAUAAACAAAAAGGAAGGAAGCCUUCGGCAACACAAUCGCGGCAAAAUCGGUUCAAAAUUUUAGCUUGCAAGCUAUAGUUAGCAGCUACAUGCACUGUUUUAUUGCUUAGAAAGCCACCAUUAGGCGUUCACAACCAUGGACGACGCAAUAAUAUUCCGUAUGAGCGCAUUUUCCGAGCAAGGGGGGAGAAAAUACAUGGAGGAUGUUGUCGAGAUAAGAAUCGAGUACGAGCCGACGCCGUCGCCAGCCGAAGAUUAUCCAAAGUCACAGAGACAUGGAGGGCAGGGAAAGGAGGAAACCGAGCCCACCAAACAGACUGAAAACGAGACACAUAGUCAAAACGUAGCUGCAGAGUCGGGUCCAGCCUCUGCUGUGUGGGUAGAGAGUUUAUCUAAUGAGGACAACAGCGGCAACAUCGGUGCACCAGGAUCCGGUGAAAAAGACGCAGAGCAUGUUGUCGACACUCGGAAGUCGGUGGCGUUUUUCGCCGUGUUUGAUGGCCACGGAGGCCGGGAAGCGGCACAUUUCGCAAGAGAGAACCUGUGGGGUUUGUUGAAAAGGCAGCGGGGGUUUUGGUCCAAGGAUCACAGUGAAGUGUGUGCCGCUCUUCGGAAAGGAUUCAUCGCCUGUCAUCACGCGAUGUGGAAAGAGCUGCCGGAGUGGCCAAAGACUAUCACCGGCCUGCCCAGUACAUCAGGCACCACAGCCAGCGUUAUUGUGAUCCGUGGAGUUCACAUGUAUGUCGCCCAUGUGGGGGAUUCAGCAGUAGUGGUUGGAGUAAAGGAAAAUGACUCUGAUAUUAUGCUGCAAGCACUUGAAGUAACACAAGACCAUAAACCUGAACUUCCUAAAGAAAAAGAAAGGAUUGAACGACUGGGUGGCAGUGUAAUGAAGAAAUCUGGGGUGAACCGUGUUGUAUGGAAGAGGCCCAGGCUGACCCAUAAUGGCCCUGUGAGGAGGAGCACAGUUAUUGACCAGAUCCCGUUCCUGGCUGUAGCCCGAUCCCUUGGCGAUCUCUGGAGCUAUGAUUUCUACAGUGGGGAGUUUGUGGUUUCUCCGGAGCCUGAUACCACCGUGAUGACCCUCGAUCCCAAACGACAUCACUACAUUAUUCUAGGCAGUGAUGGACUAUGGAAUAUGAUGCCACCCAAGAAUGCUGUUAAUAUGUGCUAUAGCCAUGACAAAAUGGUGGGACCAAAAGGAAUGUCUUGCGCCCGUCGGCUGGGAUGUACAGCUUUACUGUUUUGGAAGGAACGCAUGCUACGCGCUGACAACACAACAGUUAUAGUGUUGGCCCUGCAGGAGCGUGGAGGCCCGCCAAUCCCUAUGCAUCGAGAUGAAAUUGUUGUUGACAUGGCUACAGGAAUUGACCAUGUUCCAUACCCAGGAACUACUUAUAACACGUGUGAGAUCCCAAAGCAGAGUGACACAGAGAAUGCUCUCUCACCAUUCAAAGAAAGACCCACAACUCUGGAACAGGCAUUUGGGCUGUACGAAGCAGCUUUCUGUGCCACCACACAGCUCUUACCUGAUGUAGACUCUGUAAGGGCCACGCUGCCCCCUUCAGAUGGUUCAGUGAAUGUUUUCGAAAAGCAAGACCCAACAACCCAAAUGGACUGUAGUGCUUCUCCUCCACUCAAAAGGUCUCGCCGUUGUUCGAGCGCCUCCCCUGAUCUUAAAGGUCCUCAUCGUCGGCUCGGCCAGUCCCCCAACAAAAGUCUGUCCCAGAAGACACCUCACAGCAAAAUACCAAGUGAACAAUCUCGGCAAACUCGUGCUCAAACUCGAGAAAGAAGCUCCUCUGAGGAACGCGGUAUCGUACCACAGCACCACAACGCUGCCUUGUGUGUGUGCUGAAUCUCGUCAACUGUUUUUGCCCUGACACUACAAUAAUAAUCACCAAGUACCAGGUGUGCCGCAGGCCUGUUUCUAGAUGUAUACUUUUUAAACAAAGUUUGUUGUUGUUAAUAUAUUAGGAGUGGAGGUUGUAAAUGUGUUGCUGUUUUGCCCCCUUUUCUCUUUUUUAUUUUGCUCCUCUUCCUACCCCCACUUUCAAUUUUAGUGUUCUAAUCUAAAAUGUAAAAUUUUUUGAAUUGUUCAAAAUACCCUAUUUUCAUACUUUUUAAGUAUGUACAGUAUUUCCAAAAGAUGUAUUUUAAAGAAGAUAGAUCACCACAAUUUGACCUAACGGGAGUUCACCAGAACUGUGACCCUUGAGAUCAUCUGUUCUAGAUUUUUAUUAAACUAUUUUAGAUUGUUUUACUUGAUGGGUGGUAUAAUGUGCCGGUCUUUGCUUGACUGGGGUCGAUACCUCAGACGGAUUGUUUGGAAUUUAAUGUUAGAUGAAAUGUGCUUUGAUACCAUUAUCUGAGAUUGGUUGAUGGUUACUUUCCUUCACAUGCUGUGGAGUUUGAAGUUUUAAGGGUAUAUUCUGCAGUUGUCUAGAUUAGAAGCCCCUAGAGAUGGUAAUACUGUAGGAUACAAGCAAUGGUCUGAGGCAAUUAUACGGGUAUUGAUUUUGAAUCUAUGUUGUUUGUUUUUUGUCUUUGGUUUAUUAAGUACCAUCAUGAUCCCAACUGUUACUCAGCUAAUUGAUUCUUAUGCAUGGCUUGUCAGGAGGUGUUACAGGGUCACUUCACCCACAUCAGGGAAAAAAAAGCAUAUACUACAUGCUCUCAUCUUUCAGAUGUAUGUGAUUUGAGUGAACUGACCCUUUAAUGGUAGGUCAUUUUGGCAAAAUUUUCAUGUUCCAUUCUAAGCACCUUCAUUUAAUUAUUCCUCAUCAUCUGGCCAAUUAAAGGACAAUUUUAUGUUAUGUUAAAAUUGGACCUGUUUGAAUGGUAAAAUCAGGAAUGGAGGUUGUUGCCUUUACUGGGUGUCUACCUGUCCACGAGGCACGAACACAAUUUCAACAUGUCUUCCUCUGUUCCUAUAUACUGCAUCUUCUGUGUAUGGUUUGGAUCCAUAACUUGUGUUUAUAAUUCGCACAGACAACACUUUAUGGUAUGUAUGUUGAAUACAGUAAGUGCCAGAUUUAUGAUGAAAUGAUCAAAGUUCUAACUUGUGUUCAUAUGGCAGCUCAGUUACUGUUUUAACUGAUUUGUUGCCUUCUUUCUACAUAAAAUGUCAUGGUUGCCUUAGCACAAUUGAGUCAGAGGUGCUUUUCAUGUGUUCAUAUUUGGGACCCAGACAAGUGAGAAUCUCCAGGAUACGUUGGUGAAAGUACGGCUGUCGCCCAGCCUCGACUGUAUCAUGCACCUUCAGUUUUACUUUGGUGUCAUUUUACCAUUUGCACUGCAGCACACUAAACCUGCUCCGUGUGGUUAGUGUUUCCCAAUAAUUUUGAGCAGUCUGUUCAUUUUUGUACAGUACGUCAAUAUGCAAUAGAAGUUUGUACAGUACAUUAUUAUGCAAAGUAAUUGGGUUUUUCAGGAGUCUGGCAUGCUCAGAUCUACUCUGUAUGUUGUGAAGUGUCCAGAGAUAAUGGAUGUUAAUGGGCAUGUGGUGUGUCUUGACAAUUACAAUACUUUGGUCUGACUUUGUAUCCAAUGCAGCCAGUUUGCAGGACUGACUGUUACAUACUGGAUAUAUAAUAUUUGUGUGUUGUAAUAAAGUUCUCAUUUUUCAAAUGGUG